UUAAGCAUUGUUGGUAAGACCGAACUAUGAAACACAGUUUUACAGUCAGUUUUGAGCGCCACUGUAAACAAAUAGUAGCGUCAGCUGUUUUCUUUGCAUUAAUUAAAUAUCUAUUCGAAUCCUUGGAAAUAUCUUUUAUCUGAAAUGUGUAAAAUUCGCUGGGAUAUUAAAAAAUAAAAAUACAAAAUAAAUAUGGAGUGGUUCAGCACAAUAAUACUUGUACUCAUAAGUGUACAAAUAACACAGCAAAUCGAUUACGAUUGUGAUGAUUUGUUAAUGGGGCAAUAUCUUUGUCCAGAUCCGACUAAAAAACAAAUUGAUCCCAAAACGCAACAGUUUUAUGGUUGUACGAAGGAAAAUAAGGCAAGAGUUUGGUGCUUAGCCGUAGAUGGCAUUAAUUGCACAGAAACGGGUAACAACACCUUUACGCGCGAAUUACCUUGUAAAUGGACCAAUGGGUAUCACCUCGAUACCACGCUACUGCUGUCCGUCUUUCUGGGUAUGUUUGGUGUGGAUCGUUUCUAUUUGGGUUAUCCUGGUAUUGGGCUCAUAAAGUUUUGCACGCUUGGUGGCAUGUUUCUCGGCCAACUAAUUGACAUUGUGCUCAUAGCUACGCAAGUUGUGGGUCCGGCAGAUGGUUCAGCUUAUGUUAUACCAUACUAUGGUGCGGGUGUGACGAUUGUGCGUAGCGAUAAUUCCACAUAUCGCUUGCCACGUGAUGACUGGUGAAAAUGCAAUAAAUAUUUCAUAAGUAAUAUGUUAAUUAGUAAUAAUAAUAAUAAUACUAAUAAUAAUAUAAGUUGACUGAGCAUGUUCGUGUGUACAUUUAUAAAUUUAGUAUGGCGUUUUUUUAAUAAAAUAAGAACAAAGAAAUAAUAU